UUGUGUAUAUCUCACCUACUGUGUAAACAUUCGCUAAACUCCAAACUCGGAGUGAGUUUGCUGUUUAUGUUUUACGCGAAAAUUUGCCAGGAUUUUAAUUGCUGUUGGGCUAAACAAGGGUAAAAGUGGGUGUGGUUUGUCCGAAAUUGUAUUUAAUGAGUACUUACUUCGUGUGCCAACUAUACGUGAAUGCAGAAUUUAAGCCAGUGUGUUCAUUUGCAUUUAAUAGUGCAGUGGGCUUAACUUAAUCACCACCAUUCCAUCUUCAGUUGAUAGAGAGGAAGUCAAUUUCUAUUAAACGAAGUCGUUAAAAAUGGAUCGAGGCGACACAUCCGAAAAUGGCGAUUCGUCGACGAUAAGGCGAAGAAAGGUUGGAGAAGAGGAGGUUGCUGAGGCGAGUGGGUCGUCGCAGCAGCAGAAGGAUGGAGAUGGGGAUGCAGACGCUUUGAAAGCUGCUGCUGCUGCGGCUGCUGCUGCCGAUAGUGCUGAUUCUGAUGAAGAGAGACUUCCGGAGGAAAAAUACUUGGAGAAAUUGUCGAAAGGGAUUCCACAAGGGACUGAUAAAACCCCGGAAGUUCUAUCCACAGCUUUACACGGGUUGUCUGAUAGGUGGAAGAAUUGGGUGAUUCGUGGAAUUUUCACUUGGUUAAUGAUUGGACUCUUUUGCGUCAUCAUUUACUUGGGCCCACUUGCUUUGAUGGUUACGACCUUGGUGGUUCAAGUUAAAUGUUUUGCGGAAAUUAUUAAUAUUGGGUAUUCCGUGUAUCGAGUACACAAUCUGCCCUGGUUCCGCUCUCUGUCAUGGUACUUUCUCAUCUCCUCCAAUUACUUUUUUUACGGAGAGAGUAUGGUCGACUACUUUGGCGUUUUCGUGAGACGAACGGAGCCACUUCGUUGGUUAAUUACGUACCAUCGAUUCAUAAGCUUUUCCAUGUAUAUCGUGGGAUUCGUCUGGUUCGUGCUAUCCCUUGUCAAAAAAUAUUACAUGCGACAAUUCAGUCUCUUUGCAUGGACUCAUGUUGCUCUGCUCAUCGUCGUGGCGCAAUCUUACCUCAUCAUUCAGAAUAUCUUUGAAGGAAUGAUAUGGUUCAUUGUUCCAGUGAUGAUGAUCGUUUGCAAUGACGUGAUGGCGUACAUGUUUGGAUUUUUCUUUGGAAAGACCCCACUGAUUAAAUUGUCCCCCAAGAAAACUUGGGAAGGAUUCAUUGGAGGCGGACUGUCAACAGUUGUUUUUGGGCUUGCGUUCUCGUACUUUCUCUGCCAAUUCCCAUACUUUGUCUGUCAAGUCGAGUACAACGAGACGGUGGAUCAGAUGACACUUGGUCUUGAAUGCGAGCCAUCUUACCUCUUUCAAUUACAAGAGUAUAAUCUUCCAUCAUUUCUAGUCAAUGUGUGCAAAGUGUUUGGCAUGAAACCAAUUAUUCACAUCUAUCCAUUUAUGCUCCACUCACUGUCGUUGUCAGUAUUUAGCAGUGUAAUUGGACCGUUUGGUGGAUUUUUCGCAUCUGGAUUCAAGAGAGCGUUUAAAAUCAAGGAUUUUGGAGAUGUCAUUCCUGGACAUGGAGGAUUUUUGGACCGAUUUGAUUGUCAAAUUUUGAUGGCUACUUUUGUGAAUGUGUACAUUACCAGUUUCAUUCGUAUCGCAUCUCCUCAAAAAAUAUUACAGAUUGUGAUGGCAUUGAAACCAGAGCAGCAACUGGAACUCUACAACUCGUUAAGAGAUUCAUUAUCAGAUCGUGGAAUACUUCAGCUCCAGUCAUAAAAGAAACUGGCUAAAAAAACUCCUGAAAUCAUGAACUUUCUCUCUUUCAACAAAGUAUUGUUUCCGAAUAAGUAUAGAUUAGUUAAAUUUUAUUUAUUUUUGAAGACCCCUCCUGCCCCUCCUUGUGUUACGCAUUGUUUAUUUUGUUAUUAUCGUAUACGGGUCAAUUAAUGAGAAGUAUUCUAAAUUGAUGGUAAGGCCAUUCCUUACUCAAAACAAACUGGAAAAUUAUGUGUACAUGUACUUUGUGCUUACACCUGUGUUAUUGUUUAAUUAUCUUGUUUUUUUUCACUUUCUAAAACACAUUUUCAUAAAAUGUGAAAUUUAUUUUGCCUGAAAAACAAAUUAUUUUGAUGGUGCUUUUAAACAUGUAUGGAUACUUUAUUGUUUUGAAUGCAUUGUAAAUUGUAUUGUUCGCACUUAUAUAAUAAGAAGAUGCUAACUCUAAAGCGUUGACUCAAUAUUUCCUCAAUCAAUUUAAAAUAGUGACGAUCGGCUGGCUGGAUGAUGGUGCAAAUAUCCUGUGAUUAAGAGUCAUCAUAUUGUGCUUAUUAGGUCAAGAUAAGUCUAACUCGCUAAUAUAUUACUAACAAUCGCUAAUAAUGUGACGUUCGGAUUUUUUUUUGUCCCUGAUUUUUAACGCUAUAGUAUUGCAUUGUACAACUCUAAAAUUUUGUUGUUGUAGUAGUUUGUUAAACCUCACUUCUCUCUAGUAAAUAGAUCCAAAUAAUAUGUAGAUAAAACUAGAUUCGCUGUAUUAUCACGAUCAAAAUAGCAUUUAAGACGACAAACAUAACACAUGACUUAGUUGUUUCGAGAUGCAAUACUAACAUCCCAAAUGUCGAGAUGGGUGAAACUAUUUAGUACUAGAGAUAAAAAUUUAGUGUAAAUGUAACGUAACGUAGAGCUAACGGUCAGUCUUGUUGUGUGAGAAAUUAAUAACGGAAUACAUACAAAAUUUCAAACAA